AUGCUAGCGUUGUGCCGCAGCCUGUACGCCCAGAGUAUCUCGGGGACCACGGCCGCCCCGAAGCAUGGUCCAUCGCGUGACGGACGACUCCCACCGGCUGCUACGGAUGCGAGACUGCCCGUACCGUGCAUCAUGCCUGUGCUCAAGGCCGCGGCAACGAGUGCCAUGGAACCAAAAGUUGCAGAUGCCCGGAAGCCGGCAGAGGAAGAAGCACUCGCGAGGAUGGCCCAGAAGACCGCCGAGGUGAGAGCAGCGAGGGCAGAAAGAGAGAAGACGACGACGACGACGACGACAACAACAACAACAACGGCCGCCACCUCUCCCAGUCGUCCUGCUCCGCCUCCACGACGGUCCUCCCUGUCCUCGACCCGCUCCAAGGAGAGGGCCACCGAGAAGAAAUCAACGCCACCGUCCCCCAGCCGACGCGUCCACUUCCUUCUCCCCUCGAUGCCCAUCGAGAUUCCCGCAAACGAAGGACCACCUCCUCCUGUCGGCUUCAAAAAGCAUCGAUCACGCCGUGGCAGAAACGGCUCACCGAGAGACCCCGGUCGUUUUGACCGGCCUGGAGAGGUAUUUACACCCUCGUCCUGUCGCGCUCCAUCCUUCUUCGUGCUCAAGAUAGACCCCAAGUUCUAA